AUGAGUCAAUAUACUGCUAUAGAGCCUGAUAUCACAGCUGAUGAACCGGUCAGCUCAUUUCCAUCGCUUCAGCCUCAAACACCAAGUGCACCACCAACGCAACCUCAAUCUCAAUCACAACAAGCUCCAGCUCAAACUCAAACAGGUCCAACUACUUGGGCUGAAAGAUUAAGGGAAUCAUCUCAUCCAGUUGCAUUAUUAUUCUACAUUUUCUUUAGAUUAUCAUCCAUAUUCGUUUACAUAUUUGGUAAUUUAUUCUUAGGAUUCAUAACUCAAAAGAAUAGAUUUAUCUUACAUUUCAUAUCUAUUAUAUUAUUAGUUGCAGCUGAUUUUUGGAAUUUGAAAAACAUAGCAGGGAGAUUAUUGGUUGGCUUAAGAUGGUGGAAUGAAACAAACCCUGUCGAUGGUAAACCAGGUGAAUUUGAGAAUGUAUGGGUAUUUGAAAGUGCUGAUCCAAAUAGAUAUAUAAAUCCAAUUGAUUCCAGAGUAUUUUGGGCUUUAUUAUACGGUGUUCCAAUUGCAUGGGGUGUAUUAGGUGUAUUGGCUGUUUUAAAACUUCAAUUCUUAUAUCUUUUAUUGAUCAUUAUUUCAUUUUCAUUAUCGUUAACUAAUGGGUUAGCUUAUACUAAAUGUGAUAAAUUUGGUAAAGCAAACAAUUUAGCUACUGAUUUAUUUUCAAGAGCCACUGGUAACAUAUUCAACAGAAUGAAUCCUUUUGGAAGAGCAUAG